UUUGCUUGGAUUGGAUUUAAAAAUCUUUGAUUGGACUGGUGAAAUGGUGAAGAUGGGUUUUGGAAACUCCAAGACGGAGAGGAAUGUUGCUUUAGGCCUUUGUAAAGAAAGGAAGAGAUUUAUCAAACAAGCCAUUGAUUCGAGUUACUCCCUUGCAGCUGCUCAUGUCUCUUACAUUCAGUCCCUUCGAAACAUUGGCAUUGCUCUCCGGCGAUAUGCGGAGGCAGAGGUCUUGACUGAGUCCUCCCUGUCAACCUCCGCUUCUGACCUUGACAAGACCCCAUCCCAUUCCUCUUACCCAUCUCCGUCUCCCUCGCACAUUGCAGAGGUUUCGGAUUCUCCAUUGCACAAUGAGAGCCCUCUGUCGCCGCCAAUUACAAAUUUGAGCUACAUGAGGUCUGGAGGUGGCGCUGCUGCUGUGAGUUUUACUGUGAAUCCAAAUAUUAUUGAUGCUUGUGUGGAUGAUGAGUCAUUUGUUUAUCCAAUGCCACCUCCCCCGCCUCCUUUUGAAUCAGGUUCUUCUUGGGAUUUCUUUGACCCUAGUGAUGAGGCUAAAAGCUUUAGGUUUGUUGGGCGUAAUGGGUUAGAUGAUGAUUUUGAUGAUGAAAGCUUUAGGUUCACUAAUCCUAAUGAAAUUAGCUUAAAUACAAGUUCGAUGCCUGAUAUGGAGCCAAUGGGUUUUGAAAUCUCUGGCAAUCGUGGGGCUGGAAAUAAUCGAUGGAAUCUAGCUGUGGAGCUUAAUGGGCGUACUGUUAAGUCAGUUAGAACUGAAGGUUCCAGAGAUGAGGAAAGGCACCUCAAUGUAGAACUUGAUGCCAAUCAUACGGCUAGAACUGUUUCAAGCGGGGUACCUCUUGAACAGUCCAGCUCAAAGAGGGAGAAACCAGUGGUGGAAAAUGAUUUUUGCGCAGAAAGAGAAGAUCCAUCAGAGUUUAUUACCCACAGAGCUAAAGAUUUUCUUUCGAGUAUAAAGGAUAUAGAGCAUCGUUUCUUUAGAGCCUCAGAAGCUGGAAAGGAAGUGUCUAGGAUGCUUGAGGCGAACAAAAUCAGAGUCGGAUAUUCAGAGACAAAGGGGCGGUCAUCCGCGUUGGCUAUCUUGGGGGUUUUCAAACUUGUUUGCUGCCGUCGAAGGACUGCACUUGUGUCUCAUGAACCUGCACAUCAUGUUACAAAGGUUAUUACUUGGAAGCGGUCAACGUCUUCAAGGUCUUCUUCAUCUAGAAAUCCACUUGUCACAGCAUCCAAAGAGGAUGCUGAUGAUAGCGGAAGUGACUUUAAUGAGGAGUUCUGUAUGAUUGCUGGAAGUCACUCCUCCACACUGGACAGGUUGUACGCAUGGGAAAGAAAACUCUACGAUGAAGUAAAGGCCAGUGAGUCCGUUAGAAAGAAGUAUGAUAGGAAGUGUGAGCAACUGAGGCACCAAUUUGCGAAGGAUUGUAGUGCUCGAGUGAUUGACAAAACCCGUGCAGUAGUAAAGGAUCUGCAUUCACGGAUAAGAGUGGCCAUUCAUUCAGUAGAUUCAAUAUCAAAAAGGAUCGAGAAAAUGAGAGAUAAAGAGUUGCAGCCACAACUUAUUGAACUAAUCCAAGGAUUGAUCAGGAUGUGGAAGGCCAUGCUUGAAUGCCAUCAUGCACAGUACAUUACUAUCUCAUUGGCAUACCAUUCCGGAAGCUCGAAAGGAACUCCUCCAGGUGAAAAGCGCAGGCAGAUUAUGGAUCAACUCCAGCAGGAAAUCGAAUGCUUUGGCUUAAGUUUUGCAAACUGGGUCAAUAGCCUUACAUCUUAUGUGGAAGCUCUGAAUGGUUGGUUGCAAAACUGUAUCCUACUACCAAAGGAGCGUUCCCGUGGUAGGAGGCUCCUCCUAUUCUCCCCCCGCCAAGUCUUGGCCCCGCCUAUAUUUGUUAUUUUUCGGGAUUGGUCUGCCGGGAUCAAAGCUUUGCCAGCUGAGGAACUUAGUAAUUCCACCAAGAACUUGUUGUCUGAUCUGAUUCACAUAAUGGACCACCAAGCAGAACAAUUGCAGAAAACACAGAAACUAGCUGAUGGAAACGAUGAAGAAGAAGUGGCGAGCAAAGAUGAUGAGAAGAAUGAGGAUGUGUCUAUCAGCUUGUGUUGCAUACAUGUCAGUCUUACAAAAGUUCUUGAUCGACUGAAUAAAUUUUCAGAGGCUUCUUUGAAAAUGUACGAGGAUAUUAGACAGAAAGGUGAAGCUGCUCACAUUGCAUACUUGAAUUGCAAGCCGAUUAGGCACUGAAUGUUUGUCUAAUUUCUGUGUAAUAGGCAUGUUUCUAAGAUUGUUGUGGCCGGAAAAUGUGAGUUUUGUAAAUGUAACUCCUGUCAGGAAAAAGCUGUUGAGAAGAUGAUGAGAGUAAUUUUUUAAUGUUAGCAAAAAUGUAAUCUUGUACUGGGAUAUUGGAUGGUGAGUUUCUCUCUUUUU